CGCCACACACUAAAGCAGCAGCGGCGGCGGCGGCAGCUAACGGUGCUAACGGUGACCGCGGGAACAAACGCUUCAGCUCCGGCCUCCAGGACAGCAUGCCCGGCUCUGUGCCGACCGACAGGACGCGGUUGACUUCCCCUUCGAGGUGGCAGUGAGUCCGUGGAGCUAACGCAGCAGGGCCGCGGCGAGGAGCCACAUCCCUGACAGGUAGCUUAGCCUCGUUAGCCUAGCAGGACCGCUCACCCGCGUCCGUCCGUCCGCGCGUGAGUCCGCGCGGCAGGACUUUGACCAACCACAGCCACCGCGAGCUGCACCGGAACUCACCUGGACUUCACUGUGCAGUCACAGCUGGACGUGUCGGGUCCAAACAACAGAACCGAACCUCCCGAGGAACAAGACGUCUGAAUGAACUUUAGCGGCUAGCUGCAGCUUCCGUCCCGCAGAGCUCAGACUUCCGUCCCGCAGAGCUCAGACUUCCGUCCCGCAAACCACCUCCUCAUCCACCGACGAGAUGAUUCCCGACAAAGUCCCGAAGGAGGACGUGUUCCACGGGUCAGAGGAGCUGAAGAAGGAGGCUCACGUCCCCAGCUUUGAGAGAUACAAGGAGCUGUACCUGAAGUCCAUCGAGAGUCCUGAUGAGUUCUGGGCCGACGUCGCCAAAGAUUUCUUCUGGAAGACCAAACACACGGGUCCGUUCCUCGACUACAACUUCGACGUGACCAAAGGGGAAAUAUUCGUCAAGUGCAUGGACGGAGCCUCCACCAACAUCUGCUACAACGUCCUCGACCGCAACGUCCACGAGAGGAAGCUCGGCAACAAAGUGGCCUUCUACUGGGAAGGAAACGAGCCCGGAGAUGAGCUGACGGUGACGUACAGAGAGCUGCUGCAGAGAGUCUGCCAGUUUGCCAACGUCCUGAAGUCUCAGGGAGUGAAGAAAGGCGACCGUGUGUCCAUCUACAUGCCCAUGGUGGUGGAGCUGGUCGUCGCAAUGUUGGCUUGUGUCCGAAUCGGCGCCGUCCACUCCAUAGUGUUUGCAGGUUUCUCUGCUGAGUCUCUGUGUGAGAGGAUCAUGGACUCCCAGUGUUCGCUGCUCAUCACAGCAGACGGCUUCUAUCGAGGAGAUAAGCUGAUCAACCUGAAGCUCUUAGCUGAUGAAGCGCUGCAGAAAUGCAGAGACAAGGGGUUCCCAGUACAGAGGUGUAUAAUGCUGAAGCACUUGUCCAAAGAAGCCGAUGAGACUCCUCUGGGCUCUCAGUCUCCUCCAGCCAAGCGAUCCUGCCCGGAUCUGCAGCAGGACAAACAAACAGGCAGAGUAAAGAAAACACGUCCUGUCCCGCAGGUCCCGUGGAACCCUGAGGUGGACUUGUGUUGGCACACUCUGGUACGCGGAGCUUCAGAUGAGUGUGAACCCGAGUGGUGCGAGUCUGAAGAUCAACUCUUCAUCCUCUACACCAGCGGCUCAACCGGCAAACCAAAGGGAGUUCUUCACACAGUCGGCGGCUACAUGCUCUACACCGCCGCCACCUUCAAACUGGUGUUCGACUACCAGCCUGACGACAUCUACUGGUGCACGGCGGACAUCGGCUGGAUCACCGGACACUCCUACAUCACGUACGGCCCGCUGGCCAACGGGGCCACCAGCGUCCUGUUCGAGGGCCUGCCUACUUACCCAGAUGUCAGUCGUAUGUGGGAGAUUGUGGACAAAUAUCACGUGACCAAGUUCUACACGGCUCCGACCGCCAUCAGGCUGCUGAUGAAGUACGGCAGCGAGCCGGUGCAGAAGUAUAAACGAGAGUCUCUGAAGGUUUUGGGGACGGUGGGAGAACCGAUCAACCCUGAGGCCUGGCAGUGGUACUACACCGUGGUGGGAGAGAAGAGGUGUCCCAUCGUCGACACUUUCUGGCAGACGGAAACUGGUGGACAUGUGUUGACUCCUUUACCUGCAGCCACACCCAUGAAACCUGGAUCAGCUACGUUCCCGUUCUUCGGAGUGGUGCCGGCGAUCUUGAAUGAGUCCGGAGAGGAGCUGGAGGGGCCGAGUGAAGGAUACCUGGUGUUCAAACAGCCGUGGCCCGGCGUGAUGAGGACGGUGUACGGAAACCAUCAGAGGUUCGAAACCACCUACUUCAAGAAGUUCCCGGGAUACUACGUGACGGGAGACGGUUGCCGCAGAGACAAGGAUGGAUACUAUUGGAUAACAGGGAGGAUAGACGAUAUGCUAAAUGUCUCAGGUCACUUGUUGAGUACGGCGGAGGUGGAGUCGGCUCUUGUAGAGCACGAGGCCGUCGCCGAGGCUGCCGUGGUGGGCAGACCUCAUCCCGUCAAAGGAGAGAGUCUGUACUGCUUCGUAACUCUCAAUGAUGGAGUGAAGUACAACCGCACGCUGGAGGCAGAACUGAAAAAACAAGUACGGGAGAAGAUCGGUGCCAUCGCGACACCAGACUACAUCCAGGAAGCUCCAGGACUCCCCAAGACCCGAUCUGGGAAGAUCAUGCGACGGGUGCUCCGCAAAAUCGCCUGUGACGAGCGAGACAUGGGCGACAUCUCCACGCUGGCCGACUCCUCGGUUGUCGAGCAGCUCUUCCAGAACAGAUGCUGCACCGGCGUGUGACGGGCCUCGUCUGGAUGAUCUUUGCCGGAAGGCUCCGACUGCAGCCGCACACCAGCGGCCACAAAGCCAACCAGGGAAGAAGAGGAGGAAGAGGGGGAGGAGGAAUUCAGUGAACUCGGUCUUGUCCAACAAACAACCUUUAGCUCCUGAUGGUGUGAACGCAUGGUCCUUAGAUGUAAGAACUAACAUGUUAGAUUACUGCUCAUAUUUCACACUUUAAGUGUGUUGGCUUAAAUGUUUUUUUUAAAAAGAGAGCAAGAAGCCAGAGGUUGUUUCCAUGACAAAGAGUAACACUUCACCUGGUUUUAUCCCAGAGAUUCAGCCAGUAACACACAGCAAUCUGCUACAUUCAUAUUUGUUCAGUGCUGAGUUUGUACGCUGGAAUAAGGCGAAUGUGAAGUGCUACCUGUAACACGUUGUCUCCUCCCCUCACUCGCUGCCAUAGUACCGUUACGUACACUGAUAAUUAGCUAAAUCUAAGAAAACAAAACAUUUCUACUAGCUCUAAUUUCUAUUGUAAUUUUUUUUUUAUAUGUAGAUUUGUGUCUUUGUUUUUAUUCAGACUGAUUUUUGACAUAGGAUUUGUUGGGUAUUUCUGUUUGUAUGUUCUUUUUCUUUGUUAGGCUCUUCUGUCAGUCUGCUGGAAACUGUUCAACCUCCACAUUUCUCAGGACAACACAAAACAAAAACGCCACCCUAAACCAGCUGCAGGCCUGAUGUUGAAAAGGGAAAAAAAAACGUGAUUUGUCGUACAUCUCCCAAUAAGUUUGAAUUGUUUUAUAAUUUAGUCUUGUCCGCUUUAAGUUGUGUGGACUCAAAAUAAGGUACCUAACGGCUGGAAUUAUCUCAAAGUAUGAUUUUGAAUCUGGUUUAAAAAAUAAUCAGUUUGUGGAGCUAGAAUCUGUGUGGCUCAUGAUAUGGUACAUUAAAAAUGAUAUUUAAGAUAUUUAAUCGGUUAAGAAACCAUCAUUGUUGUCGGUAUUCACAGCUUUAUUCCUGUUGUCAUCUUAAAGGAUAAGGCAAGCGUAAAUUUUUAUUCUCGUUUCAUGAAAAGUUCAAAACCAACAACGUUUUUGUUUUCAUCACCUGCUGAACACAAAUAUAUCAGACAUCCUGUGAAAACUGUCAUCGUGUCGCACACAAAACGUUCUGCACAGACACAUCUGUAAGAAAGUUAAUAGUAAUUCACAUAAUUUGAUCGGCAUCGUAUCAUUUUAAACACGUUGAAAAAGUAUUAGCACCUUUUGACAACUGCUCGUCAAGCACAGCACGUGUUAACGGAUACAUUCAUUGUUGGUUUGAGUCUUUUCAUGAGAUUUAUUGACAAGCAAGAAAAAUCUCACCAGAUUUCCUCCAUCUUUUAUUUUAUUUUUUUAUUUUAGAUAUUGGAAAAAGAAAAAUGCCCGUCACGCUCUGUGUUCAAAGCCGGUCUGUGGAUUAAAAAUCAGCCGACGUCCAGAUUGAACCGAUUUGGGUCUUGAAAGGUUUCCGCUGUUCUGUUGUCUGUGAUUCGACUUUAUUUGAGUGACAUGAUGAACCAGAAGCAGGAACUUGUGCAGGUUUCAUCAGCGUUUUAUUAUUUGCUCUUUGUGUGUCUUUAUGUGCCAACAUGAGCGACAGUGGAGCUGGGUGUACAAAGCUAAUCAUUGCAUCUAAUGUUUUAAAAAAGAAAAAGUGCAGCUGCUUAUUCUGAUUUUGUCUGUCUGACCCUUGGGUGAAGGAAAGAGAAUGUUCCUGUUUUUUUUUGUUUUGUUUAUUUUCCUGUUUGUAUCAUGUGUAUGCAAAUGACAGUAAAAGGACUUGACUGCUGCCUUUCA